AUGGCUGCGAAAAGUGACAAAGAAAAUGCUGAAAAUUUCGAUUCUUCUCAACAAUUGCUCUUUAUGAAAGCAAAAUAUGAUCUUGAGAAAAAGAUAUUUUUGGAAUUGGAAACGCAAACAAUAUCUUGUGAAUUGGCGCAAUCCAAUGGAUACAAGCGUUUUCUUUCUACCGAAUUCGAAGCAGCACAUGAUGAAUGUUUGAAGAUGAAGCAACACAAGGAACUUCUCUCGGUCAGUAUGAUGUUUUUGCAACAGGAAUUGGAUAAGAUUGUUAAUAUCUUGGGAUUAUUCCAAGAAGAGAGAAGUAAAUUUCAAGUAAUUGAAGAUGAAUUGCAAAAGACUUUUUGUCAGCAUAGUAUUAAUUACAAUGAGUUAAAUCAACAUAUUAAAAAUUUAAUUGAAAAUAUUGAAAUCUGCAAGACGAUUAAGAAUAAUAAGGAAAAACUGAAAUCAGCACUUAUUAUGAAGCAAUCCAUUCUAGUUGAUUGUGAUAGCAGAUUAUGUGAUAUUAAAUUAAAAUAUAAUGAAGAUGUUCAAGUUUUAUCAGAUAGUUUAUCUGAUGGAAAAUUGAAUUUGAAUAAUCUCAUUGCUACAAAUGAUAUGUUGAAAUCUUCGAUUAACGCAAUUUCGGAAGAAUUUCAUGGACAUAAUUUACAAGAAGUUAUAGAUAACAACACGAAUCUAAAAACAAUGCUGAAUGACCAUGAAACAAAAAGCAAUAUAAUAAUUAAUGAUUUGAACGAUAAAAUUUGCGCUCAAUCCGAAUUAUAUAAUCAAGCAUUGAUUACACUGAAUAAGCAAGAAAAUGAGUGUACUGAAAUAAAAAAAAUAGAAAGCGAUUUAACGAUUUCCAAUAAUCAAUGUUUAACUGAAAUAGAGAAACGUUUAGUGGAAGUUGAAAAUAAAAAUCUUAAUUUUAAAAGUGAAUACGAGAAGUCGAAGACUUUACUCAACAAAUUAAAAGAACAAAAUGGAGAAAUCUAUAAGAAGAACUUGGUUGAAGCUGCUGAGUUUAACGAAUGGAAAGAAAUGUACGAAGAAAAUAUUAAGAAAACCAAUGAGGAUUUUGAAGAACAAAUCAUGUGUCUUCAAAAAGAACUUUCUGAAAUUAAGCAAAUUAGUAGAGACGCACUAGAAACCCAAAAAGAAAGUUUUAUCGAUGAGCUAAAAGACGUUCAAAUCAAUAUUGAAACUAGUAAAAAGGAACUGGAAAAACUUGCAGAUGAAAAUUCAGUUGUUGAAAUACGUUAUAAAAAUGCGUUUGAUCGAAAAGAAACGUUAACAAAUUUGUACAAAUCUAUACAGGAUUCAGAUGAAAAUAGUAGACCUACUGGAAUUCUUAAGAAUAAUCGAGCUGAGAUGAUUCCUUUGAAUUCUAAUAAAAAUGUUACAUUCAGAUCAAACGUUUCUUAUGAAACUGCUAGCCAGUGUAGUGUUGACUCAUUUCUAGAAGAAAUUAAAAGAAUCAAUAAUUCAACGGCUAGUCCAACUGAAAGUGUUGCCGAUUUCAAAUCUACAAAUCAAACUCGUAAACGAAAUAGAUUUGAUUAG